AUGCACACCGCCUUCGACAGCUCGCCGCUCCUGACGGGCAUCAAGGGCAAGCCGGAAGCCAUUGUCGCUCACGGUGCAAAGCUCUACGUCGGAUCGUCGACAGGCGCAUUGAACGUCUUCCGCACCGACCAAAAGCCAGCGACACAGCAAGCAGAGGCAUCGUCAUCAACCUCACCGUCCAAACGCCCACUCUCGCUCCAUGGAUCACCCACCAAGCCCGCCUCCAUCCUCUCCUCCCGAGCAUCGACGCGAGAUCUCAAGUCGUCACCGCCAGCAUCGAGUCCAGUAAAGUCAGUGGCACAGUUCUCGAAACGUUCGAUAGACCAGCUCGGCAUCGUCAAGGAAGCCAAUCUGCUGGUAUCGCUGUCCGAUGGGUUCGUCUCGCUGCACGAUCUGUCGACCUUGGAGCUACGCUCGCAGUUGCUGCAGACCAAAGGAGCGACCACGUUUGGCAUCGACACGUCAAUACAGAAGCGUGUAGCGCCCCAAAUACCCGACUACGGCCCUGGUCCGCUCGGCGCGAGAGCAUCGAAGAAGCUCAAUCCCACUGCGUCUCUCAGCUCGCGAGCAUUCCGACCAGGCGCGAUCGGCGAUGCAGGUGGCGGUGCCACAGGAACAGGGACAGUGUCGAGAAAUCGUUCAAGCGUCUUUGAUGUUCCGUCCAAGGAUUGGCAGGCUGCUAGCAUGAGGGGCAUGGAUGCGGUGGCUAGGUAUCGCGAAGAGGAGAGAAGAAAGGCGAUGGAAGGCGCGCGUUUUGGCGGAGCUUCAGCGGACACAGACGGUCAAGAUGGCGUCAUGACGCUGGUGACGGUGCUAGCUGUCGGCGUGAAGCGAAAGCUGCUCGUUUUUCGGUGGGUCGAUGGCGAGUUCUGGGAUACGCGAGAAGUGGCGCUGCAUCAUACACCGCGCAGCUUGGCGUUCGUCGCACCGACCAGGCUCUUCAUGGGCUACAACGUGACCGAGUACGGCACUAUCUCGAUCCCGCUCGCUGCCGAGUCGACCGUCUCAUAUACCCAUCCCACAUCGGGAUAUGGAGGUACAAGCAACAACAGCAGUGGCCAGCUUCGUCGUGAAACGCAUGUCCACCCUCCGGCCAACUCCACCUCAGGACCGCUCGUUGAUCUCACCUCGUCCAGUCUCUCGUCUUGGCACGUCGAAGACUUUGAUCUCUCCAUGAACAAUGGAGCGAGUAGCGAGGAUACGCAUGCAUCCGCAGGUGGUGCACAUGCAAGCACGAGCAUCUCGAUCGCGGGCGGAGCAGGAGCCGGCGGAUUUGGCGCAGCGCUCGGCGGUCUCGGCGGGUUGGGCGGCUACAUGGGCCUGAGCAGCAAAGGCAAGAUGUCAGUGCUCCACGUGGAUGGAGGGGAGGUGCUCUUUGUGCGCGACGCCUCGGGCAUCUUCCUUGGCGCCGACGGCCGACCCACUCGACGCGAAGGAGUCGAAUGGAGUGCCAGCCCGCUCGAAGUGGCCUUUGCAAAGCCAUACGUCUUUAGCGUCCUGCCGAGCGGAUCUGUGCCGUCACUCAAGAACAGCUCUCUGCCGAACGCGAACAAUCCGAUCCUCCAGAUCAGGUCUGUCGGCACUCUGUUCGCUGUCCAGACGCUCUGCUUCCCACCAGCGUCUCCAGCGGUAUCUUCGUCUAGGGUGCCCUCCUCCAGCUCGACGUCGCCACCGCAAGUCCGGCUCCUGACGCCAUCGAGCGGAAACAAGCCACCCAUCUUUGUCGUCGUGACACCGACAGACCGGACGACGCUGGAAAGGGAGGGAAGUACCAUUUGGCAGCUCGAGAUGCAAGGCUGGAGUCGGCAGAUCGACGAGCUGGUCGAGAAGGGCGAGUUUGAAGAGGCUCUUGGCUUGCUGGACAGUGUUGACAAUGUCAUCCUCGAGGACAAGGACGAGCGCAGAGCACACGUGCAGGGCCUCUUUGCAGUAUCGCUCUUCGCCGACGAACGAUUCGACGAAGCCGUAGAGAUGUUCAUGGAGCUCGACACCAAUCCAGCCAAGGUAAUUGCGCUGUAUCCACCAAAUGUCGCGGGAGAGCUGAGUCGCAACAAGGAGGAGUGGUUUCCCAUCUUUGGUGGGAAAACGCCAGCCAAGCUCAAGAGUCCCUCGUCGGAUGCCGGCGAUGGGAGCCCCACACCAAGUCACGCGACAUUGACGACAGCCACAGCAAGAAGCCGACUCGGUGCCUUUUUGCCUGCACGACGACCUCAGAGCAUCGUCGGCGAGCCAGCUGGAACAAGCAGCCUGAGCUCGAGUCCGUCUCACGCGAACAUGACCAAGCCGAAGCCGACGCGAACUGCGACGGGUGCGACCAACCUGACGGCGCACGAAGCGGACUCCCGAGCAGAGACAGGGUCGAUUCGAUCGGUCAAGACAGCGCGCGAAGCACCCGAGAUGAAGGCGACAGGGUCGGGCGCGAGCCGAGACAGCCGCGCUGCAGCAGAAGCUUCUUCGCGCAAGGCGCUGGACGCGCUGGGCAAAUUUCUGGCGGACCGUCGACGCAUCUUCAAGCCGAUCCUGGAGUCUAGUCCGCACCACGAGUCGAAGGACCACAUGGCCAUGUCGCAGAUCAAGCGCGAUACCAACUGGCUGCUCUCGCUGCCCAACAAGCCGUUCGGUGAGAUGGACAAGGACGAGCUGAUCGCGGUGGCGCAGACGGUCGACACGGCGCUGUUCAAGACAUUCCUGCUGACCAAGCCGGCGCUGAUCGGCCCGCUCUGUCGAAUCGAGAAUUGGUGCGAGGUGGAGCAGGUGGAAGAGCUGCUGAAGGAGCGCAAAAAAUACUCGGAGCUGAUCGCGCUGUACGGUGGCAAGGAGAUGCACAGUAAGGCACUGGGUCUGCUGAAGCAAUUUGCAGAAGACGAGGACGAUGUGGAGGAAAAGAUGCGACCGACCGUCCAGUAUCUGCAGAACCUCGGCGCCGAGUUCAUUGAUGUCAUCCUCGAGUCGUCGCACUGGCUGCUGGAGGUCGAUAGCGAGCUCGGCAUGGAGGUAUUCACGGCGGACACGGGCAAGGUGGGAUCGUGGCCGCGGCUCGAGAUCGUCGACGACCUCAAUCGGUUCGACAAGGGGUUGUGCGCCGUCUACCUCGAGUUCAUCAUCGAACAUGCAGGCGAAGCAGAUCCAGAGCUGCACGACAAGCUGAUCAAGCUGUAUCUGCGAAGAGCAGCAGAGCUUCGGGAGCGAUUGCAGUCUGGCGAAGCGGCGCAGCGUCAAGACGGCGAGAAGAAGGUCGGAGGUCAGAGCGAGCGAGACCAGCUGAUGCAGAAGCUGCUGAAGUUCUUACGCUCCUCGACCCAGUACCGCCCGGAGCAGAUCCUGGUGCGCCUGCCUGCCGACGACGACGACCGAGACAUGCUCGAAGCGCGAGCGCUAUUGCUAGGACGGAUGGGUCAGCACGAGGGUGCACUGAGCAUCUAUGUGCGCAAGCUGCAGGAUCUCAAGAGGGCCGAAGAGUAUUGCUGUGACGUGUGGCAGUUCCGCGCAGCAACAAAGCCGACGCCCGCAACGAGCCAGUCGCAGCAAGCAGGCAAACGCUCGAAUCAUCAGCAGAGUCUGUUGGUGGACCACGAACAGAAGCAGCUCGCCGACCAAGAGGUGUUCUUGACGCUGCUGCGCAUCUACCUGGACACGACCUCGAAAGCUUCGCUGCAGCUGGAUGCUGCCCUUGGCCUGAUCGAGCGACACGCAGCGCGUAUCGACCUGCGAUCCGCACUGGAUCUGUUGCCAGCGUCGGUGCCUGUGUCGCAAAUCGCCGACUUUGUCAAUGUCAACCUACGAGACUUGACGCGCCGACAGCACGAGGCCAAGAUCAUCCGCGAGGUGCGCACGAACCGCAACUGGCAAGUGGAGGAGACGCUGUGCAAGCUGCAGAGUCGACGAGUCAAGGUGGGCGAGUCGAGGACGUGUCCGAAGUGCCACAAGCGGCUGGGCAACAGCGUGCUGGCGGUGAACCCUGUGAGCGGUGCAGUGAUGCACUACUUCUGCUCGAUCCAUGCUGAGCAAAAGGGACAACAGCGGAGACCAUCGUAG